AUGCGCAAAGUUCAACAAGCAAAGAAAGUUGAUAUCAAGGCUCCGAGGCCCGUGAGCAAUACAACAGAAUCGUUCUUUACUGCAACGUGGGUUUUAUUGAAACAGGCUAUACAACAAAUUUAUGCUAAAAAGAGUUCCGAUCUAUCGUAUGAAGAGCUCUAUAGGAGUGCCUACAAAAUUGUUUUAAAUCGUCAUGGAGAAUUGUUGUACAAUAACGUGGAGACAUGUAUGCGUGAGCAUAUUGAUUCAUUGAUGAGCGAUACUUUACGAAGGUGUUCAGAUGAAUUAUUUCUGAAGACAAUUUGCAACGUGUGGGAAGAGUACAAAACAGAAACAUCAGUCAUUAGCAGCGUGCUCAUGUAUCUCAACACAAAUUAUGUACAGAAGCAGCAACAGCAACAGAUUGCGACAACUUCAUCAGCACAACAAUCGAAUGUGAUACAUACUCUCUUUAUAUAUGAUCAUGGUGUGGAACUUUUCAAAAAAAUGGUUAUUUAUCAGUAUCAAUCGGGAGAUAAAAUCAGAAAAAUUAUUCUUGAUUGUAUUGAAAAAGAAAGAAAUGGUGAAUCAGUAGAUCGAUUGUUGUUAAAGAAAACAGUGAGAAUGUUAUGUGAGAUGAAUUGCUAUCCAGACAUUAUCGAAGAGCCAUUGAUGGAGACUAGCUCUGUAUACUUUUCUCGACUCUCACGAGAAUUACUGUCUCAAGCCUCAGUGACAGACUAUUUAAAAUUGGUGGAUGAUAGACUCAGAGAUGAGCACAAACGCAUUCAAUAUUAUCUUCAUCAUUCCAGCAAACAAAAAUUGGAUCAUGUUGUUAGACGCGAAAUGAUCACACAACAUCUCAACGUUAUCAUGGAAUCAUCUAGUGGAUUUUUAUCGUUUAUCAAAGAUGACAAGAUAUCAGAAAUGCAAAGAAUGUAUAAUUUAUUUGUUGUGAAUGAAAAAGAACAUCUCUCGGUGAUGAUCAGCCUGUACAAUAAGUAUAUCAGCGAGUAUGGCACAAGCUACAUUUUGGAUGAACAGAAAAUACAGGGCUCCCCUGUUGCUUUUGUUGAAGGCUUGCUGGAGCAAAAACGAAAAUAUGACAAAAUUACUUCCAUAUCAUUCAAUAAGAACGAACAAUUUGUUAAGGCUCAAAAAGAUGGAAUUGCAACUUUUGCAGAUGGAACAAAACAAAAACGACUUGCUGAAUUUUUAUCUCUUUACGUGGAUUCCAUUAUCAAGAACAGUGGAACCUCAGCAAGUUUGGAACAAGAACUUGACUCACAACUGGAAGAAGCUUUAGAAUUGUUUGAAUUCUUGCGUGAUAAGGACAUUUUUGAGACUUACUACAAGGUCCAUCUUGCGAAAAGACUUUUAUCUAAAAGUCACCAAGCACAAUCUGAAAAAUUAUUUAUUCUCAAACUGAAGAAAAAGUGUGGAUACAGCUUCACGUCAAAAAUUGAAGGAAUGUUCAACGACAUGAGACUCUCUACUCAAGCAAACGAACAGUACCAACAACAUAAGGCAUUCCAUUCGAAACCUUCAACAAUAGACUUUUAUGUAAAUAUUUUGACACAUUCCUUUUGGCCUGCAUAUACGCUGUCAAAUGCUAAUUUACCUUUGGAAUUGAACCAAUGUUGCGAUUCCUUUACUCAAUUCUACAAUGAUGUACACAAUGGAAGAAAAGUCACUUGGCAAAAAUCAUUGGGUGAUGGCAUUCUUGUUUCAAGGUUUCCAAGUGGAAAACACGAACUUGUAGCUUCUACAUUUCAAAUUGCCAUACUUAUGCUCUUUAACGAUCAAACAGAGUACACCUAUUCCAACAUUAGAGAACUUACUCAAAUCCCAGAAAAGGAGUUGAAAAAGAACCUGACUAUCCUGUGCAUGAGCAAGUCAAAAAUCUUACUUAAGGAGCCAAAAACUAAAAACCUGGAAGACAGCCACAAAUUUGUUUACAAUAACGAUUUCAAAUCUGCCAAUUACAGAGUCAAGCUGGCUCUAACUUCAACAAAAGAGUCAGAAGAGGAAGUUCAAGAAACGGAAAGCAAAAUUGAGGUAGAGAGGAAGCCUGUAAUCGAAUCUGUCAUCGUAAGAGUGAUGAAAGCUCGUAAGAAAUUACAUCAUAACGAUUUGGUUGAAGAAGUUGUAAAGCAACUUUUAAGCAAAUUCAAGCCAAACCCUGUUGAAAUCAAAAGAAGGAUCGAGAAUUUGAUUGAAAGAGAAUUUUUAACGAGAGAAGAGGAGGAUCAUAAAAUUUACCAUUAUGUUGCCUAA